CUCUGGCAUCAUUACCGUGUUGAACAUGCCAUGGCCGAGGGCGCCAAAAACAUGCUGAGGCUUCUUGGAGCUGGAAAAGCACAGGACAAGAAGGCCAUCGCUGAGGCUCAGUCUCGUCUCAGCGAAGCGUCCCAGCGCUUGGAUCUUCUACGAGUGUCGUUAGAGCAGCGUUUGGUCAAUCUACCGGAAGAUCAUCCGAAAGUGGACAUUGGCCCAGUGUCUGAGCCGGUCUCUCCUCCUGAUCCCGCUCCUCCUGAGAAGGCUGUCAGAACCAGUUCCCAUAAUUCCCAGUGCAGGCCUUCCAAAAGCACUCUGUGUCUUCAGGAUUUCCGAAUGAUUGCAGUGUUGGGCCGGGGACAUUUUGGCAAGGUGCUGCUGUCUGAAUACAAACGCUCGGGAAAGGUGUACGCCAUCAAAGCACUGAAGAAAGGGGACAUUGUGGCACGAGACGAGGUGGAAAGUUUGAUGUGCGAGAAGCGAAUCUUUGAGACGGUGAACAGCGCACAGCACCCGUUCCUGGUCAAUCUGUUUGCAUGUUUUCAGACGCCAGAACACGUGUGUUUUGUCAUGGAGUACACGGCUGGCGGAGACCUGAUGAUGCACAUCCACGCUGACGUCUUCUCUGAAACACGCUCUGUGUUUUAUUCUGCAUGUGUGGUUUUGGGGCUUCAGUUUCUUCAUGAUAAUAAGAUUGUGUAUCGAGAUCUGAAGCUGGAUAACCUGCUGCUGGAUACUGAAGGUUAUGUUAAGAUUGCAGACUUCGGUCUCUGUAAAGAGGGAAUGGGUCAUGAUGACAGAACCAGUACAUUUUGUGGGACUCCAGAGUUUCUGGCUCCUGAGGUUCUGACAGACACGUCCUACACCAGAGCCGUGGACUGGUGGGGUCUCGGCGUGCUCAUUUACGAGAUGCUGGUUGGAGAGUCGCCAUUCCCAGGUGAUGAUGAGGAGGAGGUGUUCGACAGCAUUGUGAAUGAUGAAGUACGUUACCCAAGAUUCCUCUCCACCGAGGCCAUUGGCAUCAUGAGACGGCUGCUGAGGCGUAAUCCUGAGAGACGACUGGGCUCCAGUGAAAGAGACGCAGAGGACAUCAAGAAACAACCCUUCUUUAGAAAUAUGGACUGGGAGGCGCUUCUGCAGCGGCGAGUUCCUCCUCCUUUCGUUCCUGCAGUGAAGGGAAAAGAAGACGUCAGUAACUUUGACGCCGAGUUUACGAAUGAAGCACCGACGUUGACGCCUCCUCGUGAGCGCCGGACCCUUUCGCGCAAAGACCAGGACUACUUCAGGGACUUUGACUAUGUCUCUGACUUCUGCUAGGGCACGAGUGUGCAUACUGCCGCUGCUAGGUGUGGGAGAUGUGGACCAUUGUAACGACCUAUCAGUUGUUGCAUCCUAGUCCACAUCUAGGCUGCUUGGCGUGAGGACUGACGCUUCCUCAGAGGUUUCCUGCCAAUGGAACAUGGGUUUGUUCAACAUGAAAACCAUAAUAAAGGGUUUGACAUCUCCUGACUGCCUAUAGUGAUUGGUUGAUUGGAGCGUGAGGAAAUUACUCCAUCCGACUGUAGGAGGUACAUCAAACAUGAAGAGAUUCAAGAAUCCACAUAAUGUGAAGCUCUGAAAGCCGGCAGGCAAGAUGUUCUCUUGUCCUGUUUGCAAAGUCUUUCAUGACAUUACCCUUAGCACCAGAUGCUAAUGAAGUAAUGAAUCUUGUGAAUAGAGUGCUGCAGGGAUGACAUAUUUUUGUAAGCCAAAACCAGGAAACGAGUUCGCUUUUUAACACAUCCGGUUUCAUCAUCCUGAUUUUUUUAUGGGUUUUUGGGUUAAUUGGUCUGUGUUUAACACAAGCUCAAGAUAUUUUCACAUUUUAUUCAACGACAUAAAAUACAUCAAUAAUACUCCCUUGUCUUGAAAACGUCUGUUGCUAACAAAUGGCUAAAUGGGACUUCAGAGGUGUAGUUUCCAAGAAGUAUAAGGAUAUAUAUCGCUCUCUUGCCAACUAUUCUAAAAUGUUUUGAAAUAACGACUGAAAGAGCUGUCGUAAGCUUACUGGUGGUGUAGUUUGUUUAUAGCCUAUGUUGAGCUUUUUAUUUUCUAGUGUUUUGUAUUUGGCCUUCUUAAAAGAUUUCUUUUAUUUGUGAGGAUUAUCGUGAUGAACAAAACAUGAAAGAAUCAUAAACUUUUGUUUGGUCACAGAGCUUAUUUUCUGCAGUAAUCCAAAAGCCAAUGGAGAAAUCCUAUUGGGUUUGUUUUGGAGGGAACCAGCGUGGAUGCUAACUUAUGGGUUGGACUACAAUAAUACAUCACUGCAGCGCUCUAUGGGAGCUUGUUGACUAGCAGAGUCCAGUUUCAUGGUACUGACCAGAGUAAAAUGGCUCACCGAAUUCUCCCUUCUCCUGUCUUUCUGUCUCCAUUUUCUUUUUUGACCAAUGUAGCCAUAUCACACACAAUCCAGACUGUUUACUUCUGUAAUACACUCAUUUAACCACACAAGGGUGGCAGAGAGUGUGACAGAGUUGUGGAAACACAGUUGUGUCAGGUGUGUGUUGUUUUGGGAUCCUCGAGUUUGUAUGCCUUUACUGUGUUAUGAGCAUGUCCCAUAACGAAAGACAGCAUCAACCUCUAGAUUUUUAUUUUUAGAGAUAUAGUUUUUCUUUCUCACUGAAACUUGACUAAUUAUGCUAUGCCUGAAUAUGACUAUAUUAAACAACUAAACUCUUUU